GGGAAGAUCCUGAAAGUACAGCCUGAACAGUGACCCAAACCACGGCUGACCUUGCCCACGCUGAUGAGAGGAAGGAAUGGGUGGGGGCAACCAAGGAGUUGGGGGACAGAGUUCUCUGUGCUGGGUAACCUGGGACAAGCCACCGAGCCACACAGAACCCCCAUGUUCUGGUUGAUAAAAUGCCUGCCUGGAAUGGAGAAUCAGAUGAUAAGAUGUUCCCAAAGGGGUUUGAGAUAAGGGGGUGGUGAUGACAAUGUUGAUAAUCGUGGGUGUGUGACUGCCUGGAGCUGUGAAGCUGGGGUAGAGCAUGUGGUGGUCAAAGCUUGGUUCUGGGAUCUCUAGUUUUCCAGGGGCUUGGGCUCUGCCUUAGCAGAAAAGAAGGAAAGGAAAUUGAGAGGGAAGUCAGGUGUCCCCUGCCCCUCAGACCUGGGAGCUGCUGGCAUGGAAGAUGUGAGAUGGAGGGGAAUCUGAGUGAGGGCCGAGAGGAGAAACAUGGAGGCUGCUCACAGGGAGGCUGAGGGAGCAGAUCCAGCCUGGGGAGUGGCACCGCUGGGGGAAAGGGCGUGUGUGUCGGUGGGGAAGGAGUGGUGAUGAUGGAUGUGAGCGUGCUGUGUCUACUAAAAAGGUCAUGGCGAUUUUUGGGAAGUAGGUGACAAGGCAUGUUCCUGUAGAACUGCUCGUUGCUGAGCAGUUGGCCUCGCCCUUCAAGGUGUGCAUAAAAGGAGAGACUGCCCCCACUCACCCUAGAGUCAUCACCCUGGUGUCCUCGAGACCUGGGACACUGGAUGAGGACCAGGUUUGGAGGAUGAAGAAGAUCACGUAUUUGGUUUUGGACCUGUUGUGUUUGAGGUGUCUUUGAUAUACCAAAUAAGCUGGUGGGUCUGGGGCUCAGGGGGUGUUGCCUAGACAGACAUUUGUCUAGGUUGUGUUUGUAUUUGAAGUUGUGGGCACGGCGAGAUUAAAGAAUUCACCUCAAACAGCUGAGUAAAGGAAGAUAAGCCCACAAAGGACUCAGAAAAAGAGCGGCCUGAGAGGGGCCCAGAAAGCCAGGACAGAGUUGUAUCAGGAGCCAGGAUCUCACCAUGAGCUACCCCGGCUAUCCCCCGCCCCCAGGCGGCUACCCGCCAGCUGCGCCAGGUGGUGGUGCCUGGGGAGGUGCUACCUACCCUCCACCCAGCGUGCCCCCUAUCGGGCUGGAUAACGUGGCCAACUAUGCGGGGCAGUUCAACCCGGACUACCUCUCGGGAAUGGCGGCCAACAUGUCUGGGACGUUUGGAGGAGCCAACAUGCCCAACCUAUACCCUGGGGCCCCUGGAGCUGGCUAUCCACCAGUGCCUCCUGGGGGUUUUGGGCAACCCCCUCCUGCCCAGCAGCCUGUUCCUCCCUAUGGGAUGUAUCCACCCCCAGGAGGAAACCCACCCUCCGGGAUGCCCUCAUAUCCGCCAUACCCAGGGGCCCCUGUGCCGGGCCAGCCCAUGCCACCCCCUGGACAGCAGCCCCCAGGGGCCUACCCUGGGCAGCCACCAGCAACCUACCCCGGUCAGCCUCCAAUGCCACUUCCUGGGCAGCAGCAGCAGCCAGUGCCAAGCUACCCAGGAUACUCAGGGUCUGGGACCGUCACCCCCGCUGUGCCCCCAACCCAGUUUGGAAACAGAGGCACCAUCACCGAUGCUCCCAGCUUUGAUCCCCUGCGAGAUGCUGAGGUGCUGCGGAAGGCCAUGAAAGGCUUCGGCACGGAUGAGCAGGCCAUCAUCGACUGCCUGGGGAGUCGCUCCAACAAGCAGCGGCAGCAGAUCAUCCUGUCCUUCAAGACAGCUUAUGGCAAGGAUUUGAUCAAAGAUCUGAAAUCUGAACUGUCAGGAAACUUUGAGAAGACAAUCUUGGCUCUGAUGAAGACCCCAGUCCUCUUUGAUGUUUAUGAGAUAAAGGAAGCCAUCAAGGGGGUUGGCACUGAUGAAGCCUGCCUGAUUGAGAUCCUCGCUUCCCGCAGCAACGAGCACAUCCGGGAAUUAAACAGAGCCUACAAAGCAGAAUUCAAAAAGACACUGGAAGAGGCCAUUCGAAGUGACACGUCAGGGCACUUCCAGCGGCUCCUCAUCUCUCUCUCUCAGGGAAACCGUGAUGAAAGCACAAAUGUGGACAUGACCCUGGUCCAGAGAGAUGCCCAGGAGCUGUAUGCGGCUGGGGAGAACCGCCUGGGAACAGAUGAGUCCAAGUUCAACGCAGUUCUGUGCUCCCGGAGCCGGGCCCACCUGGUGGCAGUUUUCAAUGAGUACCAGAGAAUGACAGGCCGGGACAUUGAGAAGAGCAUCUGCCGGGAGAUGUCUGGGGACCUGGAGCAGGGCAUGCUGGCCGUGGUGAAAUGUCUCAAGAAUACCCCAGCCUUCUUUGCGGAGAGGCUCAACAAGGCCAUGAGGGGGGCAGGAACAAAGGACCGGACCCUGAUUCGCAUCAUGGUGUCUCGCAGCGAGACCGACCUCCUGGACAUCAGAUCGGAGUAUAAGCGGAUGUACGGCAAGUCGCUGUACCACGACAUCUCGGUACGGGCCUGCUACAGCCAGACUGGGCUUCCUUUUGGCAUCCCAGUCACCUGUGGACCCUUCCUCCUUGGAGUGGCCAUAUGCUUGGCCCCUGUGCUGUGUAUGAGCAUCUUGUUUGUGGACCUCGGACUUGCCCGUUGCCCCUAAACAGGUUAUGAGCUUCUGAGGGCAGGUGGGUCAUGACCUUGCUGUCGCCCCCACCUUGCGUCCCCCAGCAGCAUGAGAGAACACUCAGGACCUCCCCAACCUUGACCCUGACCUUCAGCGUCCCGGCCACCCUGUGAUUCCAUAAUCUGUCAGUGAGAACUCAUGUGCUGACCUGACAAAGCACUUCUUGCACUCAGGUUUAUGGCGUAGGACACGUAGGAAGGCCAUUCAGAGUGAGGGCCCUGGAGAUCACACCAUUUGGAGUCCGGCUUUUCUACUUGCCAACUGUGUGACCUUGAACAGCUUCCUUAAACCUCCCUGCACCCCAGCUCCAUUGUCUUUAAAAUGAGAAAAUAAUCCUUCCCAAGAAUGUUGUGAGUAUUGAGUGAGGCAGUACAGGUCAAGUGUCUGUUUAAUACUAGCCACUGUGUAUCACUAUGCGGCACAGCAGGUCUGACAAAAUAUAUAUUCAGCUGUGUGAUCUAAUACUCAAA